AUGACUAAUGGAUCCAUAUUUUGGAAAUCCAGAAGUCAAUCCAUGAUUGCUAAAUAUCUACAGCACGCGGAAUACAUUACCCUAGUAAACGCCUCUAACUAUGGGUAUAUUCUACAACAUUUGAUGAAAAUCAUCAAGACGAUAUCCAACUUGAAACUUCGGUCAGAUAUCGUCGCGUACUAUGAGGAUAAUCAAAGCAACAUCAUAAUGGAUGAAUCAGAGACACCAACUAAAUGCGAAAAUCUCAUGGACAUCGAUAGGAAUGUAAUCAAGGAUAGUGUUGCAACGCAGGAGGCUGCUAUCGUGAAAAUUGGGACCGAGAACCAAAUAACAGACAUUCUUACCAAACCUACAAGCAUUGCAAUAUUCGACAAACUCAUGCCAUAUAUCCUAGAACUAUCUGAUUUCAAAGAACUCAUUAAGUCUAUCAAUGAUUAA